AUGCAUAUUCUACUGCUUAUAUUUGUCCCCUUGGUCAUAGGUCAAUUCAAUGAAAGACGACCAGUUGAUUUGUGGAAUCCUUUUGGGACCUCGACCACUAGAAGGCCUGGACAGGUAACUUUUAAUUUAUUUAAGUCAAAGCAAGCCUAUUUUCUGUUAUCUCAAUAUUGUUUUGAUUUUUAGGGAGCAGCGUCGGACGAAGUAAUUGUACGGCUGUCAAUUGGUCAUGUUAUCGGUCGUCGGAUAACCGUCCGCAAUGUACCAUGGACAGCAGAUAAAGAUCCCUUGGAGACCGAGAGGCCCACCGGAUCCCAUUUUGAUCCAGAUCCCGUCCCGCCGCUUAACAAUGUUACGGUUUACUCUUUCCUUGGUAUACCGUACGCAGAACCGCCGGUAUCGCAACGAAGAUUUAAGGUGAGCUUGAGGUUUUCCUUACUUAUAUAUACUGUUGAUUGUUUAUUUUUAAGCAUUGUCUGUUGUAGCCUCCGCAAUUGAUGACCCAAUUACCUGGAGAAGGGCCAUUUUCUGCUCUUGAAUAUGGUCCGACUUGUGCUCAGGAAGUGGAAACUCGACCUUCUUUGAAGAUCAACAACCUUUAUCCUUUCAGAGUUAGCGAAGAUUGCCUUUAUCUGAAUAUAUUUACACCGGACGUAAGUUUGUCAUUAUUAAGUUUUGUUUAUUAUUUAGGCUUCGAAGACUUCCUCUCGUAAUUACCCUGUUAUCGCCUUCUUCCAUGGAGGUAAUUUUCAAACAGGAUCGGCAAAUGAAUGGCCUGGUCAUGUUCUUGCUUCAAGGGGGUUUGUUGUUGUCACCAUAAACUACAGAUUGGGAGCGUUUGGUAUGUCUUGGUGUCCAAUAAAUGUUUAUAACUUUAUUCUUUAGGAUUUAUGAGUCUUGGCGAUACUUACACUGGAAACUAUGGUAUCCAAGACCAACGAUGCGCUUUGCAAUGGAUCGAACAACAUAUAUCAGCGUUUGGAGGGAACCCAGGCGCCGUUUCGAUCGUGGGACAUGAUGCUGGAGCUGUCAGUGCUGGCAUUCACAUGCUGUCUCCCUUGUCCAAGAGUAAGUUCGAAUUUAGAUUUUUGUUUAUUUUAAUUAUCCACGGAAUUAUUGUUUUGUCUUUCAGAUCUUUUCAAGGCUGUCGUCGCCAUGUCCGGGGCUGAAGUUUCCUAUCAUUCAACGAUCGGAAAGCCAGCUUUAGCCUUUAAUAACACCAUAAAACUUGGCAGAUAUCUGGGUUGUGUUCAGCCAGUUGCUCAUCAAGUUUGGGACUGUAUUCAAACGAGAUCAACAAACGAUAUUAUCCAAGCCGUCUCUCCAACUAACGUCCCAUCCAUCCCUAUCGAAUUUAAUAGGUACCUAUUCAUGCCUACCAUCGAUAACCGGGAGCUGAGUGCUCAUCCUCUGCUUAUGUUGAACGAAGUCCCUACUGGAGGUGCGAAUCUCCCUUCGCCGGUCCCAUACUUGACCGGGUUGAAUAUCCAUGACGGUGUUGAAGCUAUAUUGGAGAACAGACCCUUAGGCGAAUUCUCGGACUUUGAAGUGGACGAGAGUUUUAUGCGGAGUUUCAUCAUUGAAUAUGCUUAUCGACAUAAUUACACGAUGAAUCGGGAGGCUAUUAUCGCAGCUAUUUCUGAUUAUUACACUUAUUGGCCCGACAAGAGUGAUAUCUGGAACAUUAGACAAAAGUUUAUUGAGGUGGGCACAGUUUUAUAAAUACUGAUUUUUAGCUGGCCACCGAUGCUUAUUAUACAGCUCCCAUUGCCCAGUCUGCUCAUCUACAUUCGGCUGCGGGCUCCCGGACAUUCAUGUACGUGAAUAGUUACAAUUUCUCGGAGGCCAGAGAAAAUCGCGAUGAAAAAGAAUCGGCUCAGGCAUUCCGGGAUUGGAUGGGGAGUUGCCAUGAAUGUGAUCUCUAUCUUCUUUUUGGGUUCCCUUUUCUAGAAAAGGAGUUGAUGCCAAAACAUUUGAAUGAGGUUGUUUGGUACAAUACGGACAGAAAUGCGAGUUAUCUGUUUGGCUCGAUGGUUCGCCAAUUUGUCAGAAAUUAGUAAGGAAUUAAAAUUAGCAUAAUAUUACCACUGUUUUAAAGUCAUUGCGAUCUCUUGUAGUGAUCCCAAUCUCCCAAAUCAAGGCAUCUGGCCGGCGCAUCAACCUCGGGCCCACUGGUUCAUGAACUUUACCUACCAUGCUUAUCAACCGACUGAUCGUUUGGGUAUUGUGGAUCGGGAUUAUCGUUAUGCGGAGGUUGGAUUCUGGAACAAUUUGAUUCCUGGCCUUGUGAAUUACAUGACGUCGACCUUUCCACCUGAUGGGGUGGUAGAGCGAAGAGAACUGGUCUUGUUCAAGAUUGUGUGUGCAAUUCUGGUCAUAAUAGUCAUACUUUUAUUAUUGGGAGUAUUGUCUUGCGGUUACAGAUUGUUUGACAAGAAGAAGUACGAAGAAAUUGAUAGGAGAACGUUAAUGACGCGACAGUCCGAUUAUCACGAAACGUAUCCAUCACAAACUCAACAGAUACCGAUGAAUCGGAUGUCUGCUCUUUGAGUGUACAUAUCAGAUUAUGAAUAAAGAUCUCAGAAUAUAAGUAUUGUUUUUAUUUUUGGAGUAUAAGUGGAUGGGUUUUAUCAUCUUUAUCUAAAGGAUUGGCAAUGUUACGAUAAUUGUUCUUAAUUUAGACAAUGUCUGAUCAGCAUGCAAUCAAUUCCGAACUCAAGCUGAGGUAUCUGAAUUUUCUUAAUCAGCUGAACGGAAAACAGGUGGGGGAUAUUGAUGUAGUUCUAAAUUCAGGUUGAUAUCCAAUUAUGUGAGAAGAUCAUUGUCCAGGGGACCUUUGAAGGGAUCCAGCGAAAUGGAGAACACUUUUUGAUUCAGAAUCUCUCGACACCUACUGGAGUUCUCGACAAUGGCGUCAUCCGAACCAAGGAUACUGUAUCAAUCUCACUUGAUCUCAAGAAAGAACAAUAA